AUGACAGUGUCAGUUCUCGGCGGUGGCAUUGCCGGUCUCUCAACCCUUUACUACCUCUCAUUACGUCAAAAUAUACCUCGUGUCAAGCUUUUUGAAGCCUCAUCACGGUUUGGUGGAUGGGUCAAGUCAUCAAUUGAUAAGAAUACAGGUGUAGUUUUUGAGACAGGGCCAAGGUCACUUCGUCCAGUUGGAGCUGUUGGAUUAACGACAUUGGAAUUGAUUGAGAAGCUAGGAAUUGAUGAUAAAGUUGUUCCUGUCCAUAGAAGUCAUGUUGCGGCUAAAAAUCGAAUGGUUUAUGCAAAGAAUAAAGUAUGCAUGAUGCCAAAUGGACCUGGUGGCUUAAUCAAGACAAUCCCGCCAUUUUCAAAGCCAUUGUUCUUUGCUGGACUUAAAGAUAUAUUCACUGGAAAGUCAAAAGUUCCACUUGAGGAUGAAUCAAUUUAUGAUUUUAUUGCUCGACGAUUUGGCAAGGAAAUUGCCGACUAUGCAAUAAGUCCAGUAAUUUGUGGCAUUUGUGCUGGCGAUGCCAAAGAAAUUUCUGUUAAAUUUUUAUUCAAAGAAAUUUUUGAAAAAGAGCAAAAGUAUGGUGGAGUCAUAAAAGGCGCAAUAAAAGGCAGAAAAGACAAAAAGCCGGAAGUUCCAAUUGAAAAAACAUCAUUCAUGAAUCAAGCUAAAAAUGAGGGUUGGUCAUUGUACAGAAUGCAGGAUGGCAUUGAAAUCAUUCCAAAAAGAAUUGUCGAAAAAUUAACGGACAAUGAAAAUUUUGAAAUGAAUUUAAAUUCAGCCUGUGAACAAAUAUCCUUUAAAAAUGACGAAGCACAUAUCUCAAUAAAUGGAACUAAUCAACCAGCACAACAUGUUGUGUCUACAUUGCCUGCUUUUACACUUGCCAAGCUUAUUGAUCAACAACAUCCAAUAUUGGCUAAUGAACUUCAUGCCAUUCCAUACGUUGAUGUUGCUGUGAUUAAUUUGCUGUACAAAAAGGAAAAUUUACUCAAAGAUAAAGGUUUUGGGGUCCUUAUUGCUCCAUCUGAGAACAUGCCGAUCCUUGGAAUCAUUUUUGAUAGCUGCAUUGUUGACUGUAAUGACAGCACAGUCUUGACAGUCAUGAGUGGUGGACGAUGGUUUGAUAAACAUUACGGAAAGGAUUCUUCGGAUGAGAAACUGCUUUCAGCUGCUUUGGAUGGAAUUUCAAAAAUUUUGGGCAUUAAUGAGAAGCCAGACAUCUUUGAGGUUCAUUUGAAUCGACAAUGCAUUCCACAAUAUGUCGUUGGACAUCAUCAGAGAGUUGAAAGGAUUAGGAAGUAUGUUAGUGACAAUAAAUUGCCAUUGAGUUUGGGAGGUGCUGCAUUUGAUGGCGUUGGUGUUAAUGAUGUUAUAAUGUCUUCCAAAAAUAUUGCUAAUGGAUUGAAAUUUUAA